AUGGCACUAGCAACGUCGACUCCCCGUGGGCAAUCUGAUGUUCACUGGGCGAUUAUCGGUGGUCAGCGAUCAGGUAUUUAUAGAGAACGCCCAUUCAUCACUCAAGGCCUUGAAAGUCCAUCGUUCGUGGUCCCAAUUCAGUGCCCAACACUUGAAAUCGCUCAGGAAAUUUACGCUCUUCAGUCCCUAAUGGCUGAGAUCUCUAAUGAUAUGUCUCCCAUGGAAGCAGGACAAGUCUUUCGCACAUCGAACACUGCGAUCGUAGUACUUCGCCCGAACGUAGCUGGGUUCUAUGUAGUUGUUAUUGGGUAUCAGUGCGGUAUCUAUCUGAGCUGGCGCGACUGCAAAGUCAAUGUCACAGGGUACCAAUCACCGCUCUUCAAGAAACUUACAACAUUCACAGAAGCUAUGGAAUGGUUCAUUACGAAGGGUGGUAGGGCGGUUAGGCAGAACAACACCGCUGUCACUAUGGAACUCGCACCGCAGCCCUCAUCCUCUCAAGUGUUGCCAACCACGCCAAUCAAGAAGACCCGACGAGAGCGUGUGAAAACAUCCCUAGGCGAUUCUGCACCUCCACUGAUGAUAGAUUCCCCAUCCUUAAGUUCUUCUCUGUCUUCUCUGUCGAUCUCUCCAGCCACCGAACACCUGCAACCAACACCAACUACCUGGCAGCUACCAGAUCAUCCGCAACCAACUACCUGGUGGCUACCAGAUCAUUCGCAAACACAAUCUAGCAAUCAGUCUCCCAUCUAUAGCUACAUCCGCGAGAUUUCUGGCAUUCAGCGUGCUAUCCCUCACCCGCUACCCCUGGACUCUAACCCCCUUCCAUCAUUUGGAUUCCUUGCAGACAUUUAUCUCCAAGCACACGGCUACACCAUGCGUGCUCUGCUUCAUGGUCAGCAUGCUGUUCAUACCAGUGAUUCACAUGAACAUUUUUCUCGUGCACUCUCUCUUCAAUGCAUGCCCAUUACGGAGGCAAUGUUCUUGUGGAAUCUGAUUUCUAUGGACGCAGACUAUAAUGAUGGACCUCUUGAAACAUAA